AUGUCAAGUGCAGCCGAAAUAAUUCCAGAUCGUCUUUUUUGGAUAUCUGAGCGCUCUCCUCCUCGGAAUAAGCCAAAAUCUUGUUUCUUUACUAUUGAUAACGUAAUUUUCACAUAGGAACUUGUCUAUGAGCCUUUUUGUGAAGACUUUGGCCCAGUGAAUUUAUCAAUGGUUUAUCGAUUUUGCACACAGCUAGACAGGCUAUUAAAGGACCCCCGAUAUCGAGACUAUCACAUUUACCACUACUGCUCUGUAGAUCCCACAAAGCGUGCUAAUGCAGCCUUCUUAAUGGGAGCAUUUCAAAUCGUUAUCAUGAAAAAAACAGCAAACGAGGCUUGAAGACCAUUUGCACUGCUGCCAAGCUUUAUGGCAUUUCGAGAUGCAAGCUAUGGUCCUUGUUAUUAUGAAUGUACAAUUUUACAUUGUUUGAGAGGCUUAGAUAGAGCUAUCAGAUUGGGUUGGUUUGACUAUCAGAGAUUCGACUUGCAGUUUUCAGAAUUUCAUGAAAAAAUAGAAAAUGGGGAUAUAAGCUGGGUGAUCCCAGGGAAAUUGCUAUAUUUUUUUAAUUAUAUAUAACUCCCCCCCAAUCCUUGAUCGAACGACUCGCCAUCGUUCGAUCAAGGAUGGGGCUGCUUAAAAAAAAAUUUUUCGGGAAAAAAAAAAUUUAUAUAUAAAAUAAAAAAUAUAUAUAGAUAUGUUUUUUUUUAUUUACUUUUAAACAAGAGGGUUAAAGAAUAUUUAAUAAUUAUUUUUACAGCAAAAAAUUUAAUUUAUUUCAUAAAAUACCAAUUCUUAAUAUUUUUGAUUUAUUAGUUACCCCUUUAAACUGUAUAAAUUUUAAUUUGUUCCUUAUUAAAUUAAUUUUUUUUUAAAAAAAAUUUAAAGAAUCUGUAUUUUAUUAGAUUAUUGAGUUUUUAAGCAUAUGUUAAUGACUAAAUCACUUCGGAUGGUUGAUUCUGCAGCUUUCUGUCGUCUCAAAGUCUCUGAAAACAACUUCAUUAUGUGCAUCUUUCCAAGCUUUUGAUAAAUAAUAUAUUUUUAUAUAUAUAAAAAUUUGCAUGAUAUGAAAAUCGUUCGAUCAAGGAUGGGGGUUAAUUUCCCCAAUUUUUAGGAAUUUUUACAGUCAAUCGUUCGAUCAAGGAUUGGGGGGGGAGUAAGAAUUUGUUUUAAAAAAAUAAAAAAUUGGUUAAUCUUAUAGGAAAAGAUAGCAUUUAGCUGCCCUAGUGAAAGAAAAGAAAUGGGGAUUUGUAAUUAUACACCAGAAGAGUAUUCUUUAUUAUUCAGAAAACUAGGUGUAUCAGCUGUAGUGAGGCUAAACAAUAAAACAUAUGAUGAGCAGAGGUUUAUUAGGAAUGGUAUUAACCUUUUUGAGCUUUUUUUUGUAGACGGAAGUGUCCCCAGUGAAGAAAUUGUAAAUAGGUUUAAUUCAAUAGUGGAAAUGGAAAUGGGGGCAGUCGCUGUACAUUGUAAAGCAGGGCUUGGGAGAACUGGGACUCUUAUAGGGUGUUAUGCUAUAAAAAACUAUCAUUUUCCAGCUGAAGAAUUUAUAGGGUGGUGUAGAAUUUGUAGGCCUGGAUCUGUGCUUGGGCCUCAGCAGCAGUUUUUGAUUGAGUAUGACUUGAAGACACAUAGGACAUAUAGCGUCCGGGAUAUAACAAAUCAAAUUUCAGCGCUUUCUGUGGAGUAUUCUCCUUCAGAUAGAGCUAAAGCUGUAUAUGGAGACCAAGGACAAGCCCAAAGGCUUUUGACAGCCAAAAAAGCCCAUAGGACACCACAGUCUUCACCAAUACCUUCAGUGGACCGUCCUAGAGCAUCAACUCCAGCCUAUGAUAGGCCUACUGUACAUACAAAAAUUGAGCAGUCGCCGACAAGAUCUCCUUUCAAGCGGCCAUUCCAGUCAUCAAGAGAAUAUUUCAGUCAAUAUUCUCCAGUUCACGUGAAUUAUGGAUAUAGAAAUUAA